UCUCAGUUACGUGUAAAGUUUUAAAUGGCAUUCCCAUAACUACACACUGGAGGAACAUUACCAAAUAAACAAAUAUAUUUCAAGAGAGCAUUCAAUCUUUAUGGAAUGAGACGAUAUGAGGAGAAAUUUUGUCAUUAAGCACAGUAGUCUCUGCUUGUGAGGCAACCAGGUAUGCCGUCUCAGUCAGUCAGCAUCCAUUACAACAUGAGUACAGGUCAGUGGUCAGUAUGCACCAUGAGUACAGAGGAGUACCAGGUGGCAGUAGUAGGGGGCGGGGUGAUUGGAACCUGUGCCGCCUACAGUCUGGUGAAGGCUGGCAAGAAGACUGUUCUCCUCGACCAGUUCACAGUGCCACAUGCCCACGGGAGCAGUGGAGGUAUGACCAGGAUCACCAGGACGGCCAACAGUGGUCCCCCACAACUCACCCCUAUCAUGGAUGAUGCCUUUAAACAAUGGCUUAAGAUAUCUGACAUUGUUAACCAGGAACUUAUCAGCUUCGCCCCAAUGCUGGUGGUGAGUCACGAACUGGAAGACAUAAAGAAUAUGGCCAUUUCAGUUGAGAGGACAGGCCACACCCCAAACUGGCUCACACCUGAAGAAACAAAUGCCAAAUACAUGACUCGCUUCCCGAAGGAUUCGGUGAUGUUUGAGGACACCACAGCUGGGGUGAUGAGGGCCGAUAUGUGUCUUUCAGCUGUCAGGGAACUGUACAGGAGUGCUGGAGGAACACUGCUUGAGUCAUGGCCGGUGAAGGAAGUGGAGACUGGCCACCCCUUGAUCACUCUCAGGGGGCCCCAGGGAGUCAUCCGUGCUAAGGGCCUUAUCUUGUGCCCUGGACCUUGGGCUUCCAAUCUCCUCAUGCCCCUUGGGGUCAACCUUCCACUCAGUACAAUGAGGACAAAAUCUUUCUACUGGAAGAUAAAAGAUGAAUUUCCUCAUUCUGCCUUCGUUGGGUGGGGAGCCAAGCAUGUGGAUUACUACGCCAUGACAGCCCUCGGUCGACCUGGCCAUGUCAAGGUGGGGUUACAUGAUGGGAAGUACGUACGCAUAGAUGGUGAGGAACCUGAUCUUUCCUUACUGCGGGAGCAAGUUGUUGCCUAUUUCACCAAGUACUUCCCUGUCCUAGGUGACAAACCUGUCGACGAGGAGCUGUGCUGGUACACGAUAACACCUGAUGAAGAGUUUAUCUUAGAUUGUCAUCCACAACACAACAACAUUGUUUAUGCUGUUGGCUUCUCAGGCACAGGAUUCAAGUUGGCCCCGACAAUCGGCAACAUCCUGGCAGCCAAGGUACUGGGGCAACACCAUGGCUUUGAUUUGUCUCCCUUCACCUCAGACAGGUUCACUAUGUAAAUCAAAAGACAGUUUUCCUCAGAAUAAAUACUAAAAUGCAUAUGUCAACUUUCAGGAAUACUUGUAUAGGGUGAAUAUUUGUGUGUAGAAUUUUAACCCCUUAAGGAAUACUGGUAUGUAGAACCACCAUUCUUUUUAUGAAUUCCUAUGUACAGGGUUUCAUUCCCACCCUCCAUCAGAAAUAUUUAUUUUGAUGUAUGAGUUCAUAUACUGUAUACAGUACCCCAUAAUGGCUGCACAGUCUCAGAUGCUUCAACUGCAAUAAAAAUCCUGUACAUUAUGUGCAAUGAAAUAAAAAAAAAAAAAAAGUAAAGAACUACAGAGAGUAUUUCAGAAUCCUGAAUUGCCCAACUCUUCAGAGCUAAUCAGUAAGUUUCUGAAUUCUUACAAGCAUUACUAUCUAUUAAUGUUAUAUCUGACACAUUUUCUUAUUAUUUUUAUUAGGAAACAUCCCUUAUCCUUUGAAAGAAACUUGAAUUUAUGUGGACAACGCCUACAGCCAUCACCAUCUGUUCUCAGUCUCAUUAGCAUGUACCGCCAUCUAUCGGCGUGCAACGAAGAUUAGUAUUCAGUUGCCAUUUCGUAUUUUUGCAGUACUUAUCUUAGUAUGGACAUCUUUGUACAAUGAGUAACGAUCAUUACAACACUUUGGUAAUAACAUAUCAACAAGGACAGUGCUAUCAUGCCGUAAGUCUUUAUGAAGGAGCAAUAUUUUGUUUUACAAAUACAGUACUGUACAAUACUCUGAAGAUCAUAAACUUUAUAAAAGUAA